AUGUUCGUGAACUAUAAACGCGAAAAAGCUGAAAGUUUUCUCUUACAUUUUUUCACUAUUAAUAGAUCCAUUAUAUUUAGAAGAAGCUGCCGAAAUGUCGAAUCGAGAACAAGUUCAAGCUUCGCAAAAGCAGGUAUUUAACCUAGCAAAAAUAUAACCUUGCUUGAUUUUUUUUUUCUCUUUUCGAAUAAUUUAAAAUAAUUCUUGAGGUGGAACAACUGCGAGGAGAGCGCAAUAUUCGUCGUAUGCCUGUGUCGCAAGCUGCAGCCGAUCUCAUAAAGUAGUUUUGCUACUUUUUUUCAACUAUAUUUCUAACUUUUCAGGUAUACUCAGGACGUUCAACGGGACGACGCACUUAUCACCGGCUUUGCCAACGACAAAAUGAAUCCAUACCGCCCUAAGGGUUCAUUCCAAUGUAAUGUCAUAUAAUCAUUAUAUUGUCAUUCCGAAAACUUCUGGAACACUAACUCAUAAUUGUACAUUCAAAAUUGUCUUAAAUUUUCUUUUCCUUGAUUUUUGAUAUUUUGUUCGUGUCCUUUCCUACAUAUCGUUACCUAACUUCUUUUUUCAAUAUAAAAACUUUCAUCUCGAAUACUUUAUCAACAUAUCAGAUGGAUAAUCUAGUACAAAAAUACCAUUGGAAGAGGCUUAUUACAUAUUAUAUUCCCAGAACUGGAUUUGCCUUGACUAAGAAUAACUGACGAGAUGAACGCGAUGUUGGUGGCGGUACAUUGACGAACUCGCAAACAUGUCGCUUUAUUCUAGGCGCGAUCUCGCAUUUUUCUGGGCGCAAGCUCGCAUUCUUCUCGGCGCGACCUCGCAUUUAUCUUGCAUUUCGGAAAUUUUCAAAAUGCGAGAGAAAUGCGAGCUCGCGCCUAGAAAAAUGCGAAAAAUGCGAGAUGUUUGCGAGCUCAUCAAUGUACCGCCAGCGCACGGCGUUCUGCGUAGUGGAAGAAAAUGUAAAAUUUUUGAAAAUGUGGAGCGGCUUGGAAGGGUUGCUCCACCUAGAUUUACGGUACACAGCUUGCGCGCGAACAUUUGAAUUUCUUGUUGCUCAAGUGCUUCACGUGAUUUUUCAUGUUUAUUUCAGCUGUAUCUUUAUCUGUUUUGUAUUGAUUUACGGUAAUUAUUUUUAAUUGCGACAGCAAAAUGCGAAGGAACUUUUUGUUUUCAAUUUUCAAUAUUAACUGCUGUGUUUUGACCAAAUUUUCCCUUUAAAGCAAAAAAAAGCCUUUCAGCAACAUUUUUCAGUGUCAAAUUAAAUUUUUUUAUUCGAAUCAAUCAAUCUCUUCAUUUUCGCAACAUCAGAAUGGUAUGGCGAUGUUGCAGAGGAGAAAAAAAAUACCACUAGGUGGAUGAACUAAACUAAAUCUGUAAAGAAAAACUUUUUUUAAUUUUUCAAUAAGUCGGGAAAAAAACACAUAGAACCACAAUAAGUCAUUUUCGGCACAAAAUUCCACGUUUUUCACUCAAAAAAAGGACUUUAACCAAUUUUGAGGAUGAAAGGUAUGAAAGUGUUCAGAAAAUAAGAAAAACUUUCACCCAAAUGUUUUUUUGUCAACUAGAAAAAGGAAUUGUGAAAGGAUCGAUUUUUUUCCACGUCUAUAGUUUUGAAAAAAACGCUAUUUUUUUCGAGGAAAAAAAUUAUUUUUUUAAAUUUAAUGAGUAUGCGAGUUAGCGUCGUUCUGUGUAUGCACAAAAGACGUCAAACAUUACGGAAAUUGUGGGAGGGGCGUCGUCAAAAGAACGCCGUGAGCGUCUCGCGUUCAUCUCGGCAGUUAUUCUUAGUGAUUGGCACAAGGGCGCGUAUUAUUGGGGUACGGUAGUCAGUGAAAAAGGCGGCAAAUUCAAAGUUUGGUAUGGCGUCUUGGAGUGCCAUUUCUUCAAUAUCACUCAUUUUUGAAGUUUCUUUAAAGAAAAUUUUAUUUUUUUUUUUCGGUCUGCUGCUGUUAAGUUGUUCCUACAUACCUUUUCUGAGUGCUCAAAGUAUUUUCAGCGCAAAAAUUUUUUUCUUCAGAGUAAUUGAUAAUUUUUGGUUUUGAUAAAUUGUGAUGAUAUGCAACCAUAUUUCAAAAUCUUUCAUUUUCUUGAAAAUAAAGUGAUGAAUUCAUUUUUAAUUACGAUUUUCAUGGGCUUAAAAAAAUAUAGAGUACGAUCAUCAAACGGGUAACUUCAAAGCAUUUGAUUUUUUAAAAUUAGUCUUGAAGAAACCAGUUUUUAUGAAUUUUACAAUUCAUUCAGUCUUCAAAGAAGAUUCUCCGCUGAUUCAUAAAAUAACUUAAUUGAAGAGUUGUUUGUCGGUUCGAAGCUGUCGUUUAUUAAGAACGGAUCAUCAUAAUGAUCUAAACAUCAUUUCUUAGUAGUAUAGACGAGUUUUGAUCAAAUUCAAUUGAACGUUCCGACGAUGCUUCUCCAUGUAGGAACAGUGCGGUGACAGGCAUCAUAUAUAAUCUCAGACGAGAGGGGAAAUUAAAGCUGACCAAUCGGGAGGCAGGAAUGACAUAACAUAGUAAUUUCAACUUUUUCAGUAUAAAUUUUUUUUGAUUUGAAUUUUAAAAAGAAAAUUUCAAAGUUCUUUUUUAGCUCAAUUUUUUUCUGAUUUUCACUUGUCUUUUUUUUCAUUCAAAAUCUGAAGUUCAUUUGUGAUGCGUUUCGUAUUUAUUUGAAGAAAUCACUCACGAAAACAGCUGUCCUUCAAAGUCAAAAAAAGUCGAAGAUUUUUGAAUGCAUUGCUCAUCGAAUAAUCAUUUAUAUUCACUACAAUGUUUUUUUCUGAUUAAUUUUUUUCCAGGACAAUUUAUACUGCCCUAAUUUUUCAGAAAUCACGAUCUAUAAUGUUGCAACAUCCGCCACGGAAACUUUCGAAAAGCUCCUUGAAAUCUCAAGAUUCAACUUUCACGGUGUUCGAAGAGCCGGAAGUUAUUCAUCGUUUAUCCAAAAGUAUUCAAACAGAGGUUUUUUUCAUUUGUUAUUUUUGAAAGUCUAUUCAUCGUUCAGACAAAAAUAUAUGAUGCUAGCGAGCAGACGGAAGUCUCGUUCCCCAGUGACCAAACAUCCAAUAACUGUGCGAACGAAACAGCUGAAACGGCUUAUUGGAAAGUUUUGGUGACGUUGAGGAAAGCGGAGUUUGAGAAGAUGAAAAUCUUGAACAAAGAAGUAGAUUCAACUUUUUUUAAACUCAGAAUAUUUUUCCUUUUUCAGCUUGAGCAAGAGUUAGAGGAGGUUUUGGAGAAGCUACAGUCGAAAAAACAAGAAUAUGCCGAACUUUUCAAACAAGCUGCAGAAAGUCUAGAAGAAGAAACAACGAGCGCGUAA